AGGUAGCUUAGCUUUUUCAUGUUGUUGGUUUAUGAUUUCAAGAUCUCAGGUUUAAUCCUAAAGUCAGGCUGUGUAGUGUUUCUGUGCAUGUUCUCCCCAUUUCCACAUGGCUUUCCUUCAGUUUCUCUGGUUUCCUCUCACCUCCAAAAAAUAGGUCAGUGAAUAGUUGUAGUAUCCCAUUCAGGGUGUAUUGUCAGGAUAGUCUCUGGAUACACUGCUAUCUUGACCUGCAAUUAAGUGGUUACGAUGAAUGAAUGAUUGAAUAUUAUUAUUUUAUUUUACUGGACUUCUAUUGGACAUCAUAUGAAUAAUUUUGCAAAAAUACAUUGACCUAAGCUUGGACUGUCUCUCCAAGAGAGAAAAGAAAGCUGUGCAAUAAACAGGAAAGGGGAUCUACACAAUCAAAUAUGUUGUAUACACAUAUGAGAGCAGCCCUAAACCAAAGGGCACUUUGGCAUAAGGAAGUACGCAGCGUAAUUAUCCUGUCCCAGUGCUGUAUACAUCUUAGAGCAUUAUAAUGUAAAUAUGAAACCAGAUUAUAUGAAGUAAGACAAGCCAGAAAUCAUGGAGCAAGCUGUGGUGGUUACUCUGAUCAUAACACUGCUAACAGUGUCCUGUGAAGAGGGGAAUCUGUUACCACCAGGACCAAUCAAUAAGGAAGUAGGAGCAAGUGUGCUUUUUUCCACCUUUCCUUCAUCUCAACAAAUAAGAGGUAUCAGAUGGCACUUCAAUGGCAUUGAAGUGACCAGGUAUUACUUUCCAGGACCUAUCACAGUGCACCCCGAUUACAAUGGUAGAGUAAAUCUGAACUAUACUUCAGGAGACCUGGAGUUAAAAAACCUGACCAUGGCUGACUCUGGACAGUACACCUUAACCUUAACAUUUGAAAGUGGUUUAGGGAAUCAAGACCAUAUUUUGCUGCAGGUGUUUGAGCCAGUGUUUAGUUUUGAUAUCACCGGGCCUGAGGGCAAUCUCAUUGAAUAUAGCACGGUCAACUUCACCUGUAACGGAAAUGGCACCAUCAGUUCUACAGUGUGGAUGAAGAAAUAUGAGAUUCUAGCUCCUAGCAGCAGCAUCACAUUCUUGGAUGACAACAGAACAAUGGUGAUCAGUCGGGUGCAGAGAUCAGACAGUGGUGAUUACCAGUGUGCAAUCAGCAACCCUGUCAGCUCUAGCACUGCCACUUACAGCAUUACUGUUAACUAUGGUCCAGAUGUGAAGAUACUGGGUGCACAGACUUUUGAGGAAGGCUCAGAUAUCCUCCUUCUCUGCGUCCCUGAUUCUUUGCCCGCUGCCACUAUUACAUGGACAGUGCAAGGCAUGCCUGCUAAAAAUGCAUCCCUGUAUGUCAUAGAGAACAGUAGCCGAAGCAAUAGUGGGGAGUAUAUCUGUACUUGCUGGAACAAUGUCACUGGGAUCAGAGCCUCUGCAGUUCAAUCUGUGACAGUGAGAGCUGUGUCCUCUAGGCUCGGUCCUGGUGUAGAAGCGGGUAUUACAGUGGGUGUUAUUUUUGCCGUGGUGAUUUUGGUUGUGCUCAUUUGUUUUCUCGUAAAGCACUUUAAAAAACCUACUGACACUGUGAGAGAAACACCUGUACCAAUGAUUGUAAAUCAGCAGACCACGGUCCCAACUGGGGACAAACUUCAAGGGUCAAGGCCACAUAUCUAUCAAAACAAUCAACCAUCUCCACCCCCUAGGAAACCACCAACAUUGCCACGAAGCAGGGACACAAAUGAUUCUAACAUAUAUUGCAACACAACAAACUAAUUAACAAUUAGCUUUUUUUUUUUUUUUUUUUUUGCUGGUCCUCCGACAUCAGACUUUUCACUGAAGAAUAAUUAACAGUCAUUACAGUUAUCUUGUAUCUCAUGUUCCUUGAGUUGUUCUGCACUUAAUUGUAUUAGAGUCAUAAUUGUAUUAUAUUUUAAAUGACACACUUCUCAUAUUUUCAAUAAUAAAACCUAUAUAAAAAUUUAAA